CUUUCUCACUUAGUGUGUUAAAAUAUCCACGGGAUGACAAGCUCUCUGAGGAGGUGAGGUGAACAGCGUUCCUUUGAACAGAUUGAGCACAAAGGAGAAGUUUCAGUUGGCUGUAAUCUGCAACCUCACCACUAGAUGCCACUAAAUCCUACACACUGGACCUUUAAAAAGACUUCCUUUUUAGGAUUUGAAAUCCAUAGCAAGCCAUGCUAAAGAGACUCCAGGUUAGCUGAAGGUCAGCAAAAUUUAGAGGAAAAGGCACCAGGUCGUCGAUGUAUGACGCACAUUUUAGUUGAUGAAAAGCCACAGGGAGCCAGUGGAGAGGGUCUUGAAGGCUGCAUACCCCUGUUCUAGAUUCCUGUAACACGUUCAUCUGGUGAACAAAAGGCCCAACAAACAAAAACUGAUGAAAGUAAUGUAAAGGACAAAUUCUCUGCAUGACAACAAGACAAAAUGGCGAGUCUAACUUAUCAGCUGUUGUCAGUUACACUUGCUCUCUGUGCUGUUCACCUCAUCAGUGGUUACAGCUUCAGGAACUGCAUCGAAGACCCAUACCCAUAUGGACAAAGUUUCAAAUGCAUCCUUCGGAAGGAAAGUAACUUGUCUGCUGUUAUAGGAGACCUGCCACAAACUGCUGUCAAUCUCACCAUCACCAUUAACCCUGUGUGGCACAUUCCCAACAUGAGCUUUGUUAAUCUAACAAACCUAGAAUACCUCAGGCUAGAUCAUAAUUACUUAAGGAAAAUCGAUCCGUUCGCUUUCCAAAACUUGACUCGACUCAAAUCUCUGAAUGUGUCCUCUAACAACAUAUCAAAGCUCAACCCUUAUGUGUUUAAAGACCUGCGCAACCUCACCUAUCUCUCGCUGACAAACAAUUCAUUAAAGCAGCUCCCUGUCGGCAUUUUCUCCACUCUUGUCAAUCUGGACACUUUAAUCAUGAGGCAAAACUUUCUGACAAAUUUCUCAGGGAUUGCUGAGUCUGUGUCACAUCUACCAAAGCUGAGGGUACUAGAUCUUUGCUUUAACAAUUUAACCAAUCUCAAACACUCAAAUGCGUCUCUACCCAAAUCUCUCACGACAUUAUAUAUCUGUAGAAAUAAUCUGUUAACAUUAGGAUGUCACCAGUCGUUUCUUGGGUUCAUUCAGCUGCUAGAUUUGUCAUACAAUCCUCGGCUCCCUACAAUGGCUUUUCAAGGGGUGGAUUUGAGUCAUAUAAACUAUCUGCGCUUGCGUUCAACAAGUGUUAAGGUAGUGGAGUUUUUAAACAUCAGCAAUGUCAACGCAGGUAACGUUGACUUCUCUGGCAUGGGUCUUAAAAAUGACACCCUGCUCACAGAGCUAUGUACAUCGCUGAAGGGAAAAGUGAAAUCGAUUAAACGAAUGGGCCUGAGUAAUAACGGGAUCAAGAAUCUAACAAACUACACACUGCAGUACUGUCCUACUAUCACAGGGAGUUUGAAUCUGUCCCACAACAACCUGAAAAGCACAGAUUGUCUUAAGUUUCUUGAUAAACACACACAAAUAAAAAGUUUAAAUGCAGAGCAUAACCAUAUCACCAGUCUUCAAUCCUGUAAAACAGAAAAUAUGGUUUAUUUAAACCAUCUGGAAGAGCUAAGCUAUCGUUACAACCGCAUCCUCUCAGUCAACGCCUAUGCUUUCAGUCAUACACCAAAUAUCAAGACACUAAAGCUUAACAUAAACACAGUUUCUUUUCUCCACCGGAAAGCUCUCAAAGGGCUAAAAAGCCUCGAGAUGCUCCGUUUGGACAAUAAUCUCUUAACUGAUUUGUUCAAUGACACCUUUGAAGAUAAUGUCAACCUGCAAACCCUUAACCUACGCAACAAUCGCAUUGCUGUCAUUUUCAAUGGAACCUUCCUCAGUCUCAGGAAUCUGACUACACUGGACCUAGGAGGUAAUAAGAUCACUCAUUUUGAGCAAUCUGGCCUCGAUGGACUAACAAGUCUGUCCAAAUUUUAUCUAGAUGGAAAUAACCUCAAAGAGAUUGACACCUCCCUCUAUCGUAUAUUUCAAGACACACUAACAGUGCUGGAUUUAAAAAGUAAUCAGAUUUGCUUCUUCCACAAAGUGACCAGGUCACCAUUUAUGAAUCUCAGUAAACUAAGUGAUUUGAAAUUGGAUGGGCAACGGCCACAUGGCCUCUCAGUAUUGCCCCAAAAUUUUUUCCGUGGCCUCCACUCACUGAAAUCUCUGUAUCUCACCAACAAUAACAUCUAUUAUCUUGCUCCUGAUGCCUUUGAUGAUCUGACAAACUUAACUUUCCUCUCACUGGAAAGCUGCUGUGUUGGGGUGGCACAGCUGCAACCUGGCAUUUUUAAGAAUCUAAGAAAUUUAAACAUAUUGAGUAUGGAAAAUAUGGGCAUUCAGACCUUCUCAAAGGAGGUUUUUGGGAAUCUUACAAAGUUGCACAAACUGCAGCUCAACCGCAAUGUGAUGCAGAGCAUUCAUUUUGAGAUACUAGACAGUUUACCUGAACUCCACUACCUUGAUAUACGCAAUACUCCUUUGAGCUGCACCUGCAAGAACCACUUGCUGCAAAACUGGACAUUGCAUAACCGCCGUGUCCAGGUGGUCUAUCUCUACAAUAUGACGUGCCUGGAUGAUGACCAACACAAUUUCUACAACUUUAAGACCAAUGUUUGUUACAUAGAUCUAGGAGAGUACCUGUUCUUGAGCACAGCCAUUGUGAUUUUUCUGUUCACAGUCACUCCAUUACUUUAUGUCAAACUCUACUGGAAGAUGAAGUACGGCUACUAUGUGUUUCGCUCCUGGUUUAGUGAUCAGUGGCGCAGACUCCGAGAGCAGGAGGAAAAUUGCAAAUAUGAUGCAUUUAUUUCCUACAAUUCCUCUGAUGAACAAUGGGUCAUUGAGCAGUUAAUGCCCAACCUGGAGGGAAAUGGAUCAUCUUUUAAACUUUGCCUACAUCACAGGGACUUUGAACUUGGCCGUGAUAUUGUGGACAACAUUGUCUCUGCUGUGUACAGCAGCCGUAAAACUAUCUGUGUGGUGAGCAGGAACUUCCUGAAAAGUGAAUGGUGUUCUCUGGAAAUCCAACUGGCAAGCUACCGGCUCUUCGACGAGCACCGGGACGUUCUCCUGCUCGUGUUUCUGGAGCCAAUCUCUGAGAGGCAGUUGUCGUCCUAUCACCGCAUGAGGAAAGUCAUGUUGAAAAAGACAUAUCUGCAGUGGCCUGGCUCAGACUGCACUAACCCCACACAGGCCCAAGAGCUGUUCUGGAAUCAGCUACGUAGGGCGAUGAGAACAGAGAGCAGAUUUGAAACAGAGAAAAACUACAGUGAAGGUCGUGAAAAAAAAGGCAGAACAGAACAUGUUGAUGCUCACACCUCAGAUGAAAACUAUUACUUGCUUCCAUAAAAUGUUUUGACAUUUUUACUGGUGAUUGUCAAGACAAACUUCUCACUGUGAUAAAUGAAUAAUACAGUUUUCUGCUGCAGGGAAUGGGUCAUGAAAAUAUGAUGUAAAUGUGCAGUGUGACAAUUCAUACAAGCAUGAAUCAGAAAUGUAAUUUAAAAUCAUAUACUCAGUUUAAUCAUAUUUAGCAAUGCUUGACAAUGCAUGUCUUUUUUUUAAUUAUCCCACAGUUGUACAAGAGUGUUUCAUUACAUUUAAAUGUUUCCUACAUACACAACUAAAUAUCAAACAGCUUUCACAGUAGCAUGUUCUUGGCUCUUGGUCUGUAAAUAAUCUCCCAUGACGAAGAAAUGUGUACAGUUCUGCAUAAUAACAUAAAUGCUCCAAGGAUGCAAAC